AUGCAGGACCAGAAGACGGACAUCAACCAGCAGAUCCAGGAGCUGCGCACCAUCAUCUCCCUGCAAGAGCAAGGGAAGAAGCUUUUCAUGCAGUCAGCUGAGGAGAAGCUCAUUCAGAACAGAGGGCUGCUACCCUGGCUGCGCGGGACUGUGCGGGAUGACAUCAGCGCGCUGGGCAUUGCUGAGAAGAUGGCCCGGGAGAAGCUCCGCAACGACAUCUUUGACCGGGUGAACAUGUGCAACAUGUUGCUCUAUGAGCUGAGGCAACGGGACAGAGUCCUGGACGAGCUGCAGAGGCAGCUGCAGCGUCUGAUAGAGGCAGAAAUUGGUGACAAACAGCAACAGGCCCAGAUGCAGGUGAUUCGCCAGCUGGAGAAUAACAUUGAGAAAACACUCAUGAAAGUCCGCACCGGCCAGAAGGUCACCACGCUGUACCUGGCAGUGCGGGACGUCCUGAAGAAGGAGCUGGCCCACCUGCCUUUACAGCUGGAUGUCCUGCACAGGAUGGUCGAGGUGUACCAGGGGGAGCUUAAAGGCAUGGAGCUCAUGGCCUCGGAUGCCGUUAAAGCCACUGACAUAGCCAAGGUGGACCUGGCCAACCUGGAAGCUCAGUUCCUUAUGGAGAGAAACCUUAGGGACCAGUCCCUGGCUGCCCAAAAGGAGAGAAUUGACAAAAUUCGCCUCAAGGAUCAAGGCAAGGGUGAACUCGCCGUGGACUUCCCACCGCUGACCUCCCAGGAGACGCUGGGUACCAAACUGGAGGCUACCAAAUCCCAAAUUGAGCAUCAGGCCCAGGUGACAGCGGAGGUGGAGAAGGUCAAGUCUGCGGUGCAGUGCUCCCGUCUCUGGGACAUUGCUGGGAGGCUUCUGGCUCAGCAGAAGUCCACAGUAGACCUGCAGCAGCACAUCAAGGAGUGUGAGGACAAGAAGGUGGUAUUGAAAGACAAGUUAAAGGAGCUGGAGCUGAAACAGGCUGAGCUGAAGUUCCACCAACCCCCAAGUGCAAUCAGCUCUAGGAAGCUUGAGGAAGAGCUGAAGAUCAAUCUGCAGCAGGAAGAGGCCCGCCUUGAACAGAUGCAAGCCCAGAUGCUGAAGAACCAGGAGCUCCUGCUCAUGUUUGAAAAUGGCAUUGAUAACCUCUUCAUUCGCCUGUAUGGCAUCACUGUGCCUGACCAGGACAUUUCUGCUGAGGCCAAGGACACAGAUGAGAAGCUGCAGCACUGUGAGAAGAAGCUACUGCAUUUGGCACAGCUUGUGACCAACCUGCCUGCCCAGCAGAGCCUGGAUGAGGAUAAUGAGACUUUUGUGAAGGUCAGGAAUUUUCUGGAGAAAACCACAAAGGAGGAGCCACAGAACCUGAGGAUUUCCUUGGAGGAUAUAGGCAUGGGUGUUCAAGAUGCCUUUGAUUUUGCUGAAAAAGACCAUGGCCAUGUUCUCACCCGGGAUGAGAUCAAGAAGCAGGGGCUGCGGUUCAUCGAAAGCAAGAUGAAAAGUGGCAAGAAGAAGCAGCAGUCGUUCCCCAAAGGCUUUUGA